AUGACAUUCGGUGGUCUACUGAUCAAUCGUCGAACUCGACGAGAAUAUCGUCUCGAUGGAUGCCGUCGAUCGCGUACCAAACCUGUUCUACUAAAUCUUGCUCGACCAUUUCUAUCACUCAUCACUCGUCAACAAUUGCCGAACGUCGUCGAUUUGCGUCCUUAUCUAAGUCCGAUCGAAGAGCAAUCGGUCCUCGGGUCGUGCGUAGGAAAUGCUGUAGCAUCGAUCUUAGAAUACUUUCAUUUGUACACAACUGGUCAGGUGAAAAUCUUUAGCCGAUUGUUUAUUUACUACAACGCUCGAAUGAUGGAUGAUGAAAUAAAUAAACGACAUGCGACUGAUAGUGAUUCCGGAGCGGAUUUACAAUACGCUCUUGUCAGUUUAAUUACUUAUGGAUGUUGCGAAGAGCAGUUCUGGCCAUUUUAUGAACAUUUGAUUAAUAUACAGCCAACAGAUCAAGCGUAUGCAAACGGUCAACUGUAUCGUUUAAAAGAAUUCAGUCGUCUUUCGAAUAACGUCGAUCAACUGCGACAAUGUCUGGCUCAAGGUUAUCCAUUUCUCAUGGCGAUAAAAAUCUUUCCUUCAUUUGCUUCGGAUCAUUAUGGACACAUUCCAAUGCCUAAACGUUAUGAAAAACCAUCUCAAUAUCGACAUGCUGUCGUGUGUGUUGGUUAUAUUCAUUCGGAAAGAGUUUUUAUUAUACGCAAUUCACAUGGACUCAGUUGGGGUGAUCAGGGAUAUGGUUAUUUGCCUUAUGAUUACGUUACAGACAAAGUCUUAACUCAAGACCUUUGGGCAAUAAAAUCAAUUCAAAAUAUGAUGGAAAUACCUGCUGAACAGCACAUCGCAUGGAAUAAUUCACUAACAUUAGCGAAAUCAGCCAAUCCAAAGGCUCUAGCUCAUGAUGAAUCCGAUUGUGAUAUUGUGUACGCCGAUGGAGAUCAUAAUAAUACUGACGAACAGGAAUCAGAAGAAACGGACUCGCGUACGCAUCAUCAUCAUGCACAUGCACAAGAAAGUUUAGAUGAACUUCCACUCUCAUCCUCUCAACAGCAUUUGACUCCACAACAAUUUGUCCCGUAUAUGCCUGUGUUUCAAAUUCCUCAACCAACACUCUACACACCUAUACCAAACAUGGGAUCAUACGGUUAUUAUCCAACAAUAUAUCCCUCUGUACCUCACUUUCCGCCAUACUGA